AUGGGAGGCGUAGAUACGCAUGACCAGCUUCGCCUGCAAAGCUACUCGCUGCAGCAGUGUGUCGCGUUCAAAAAGUAUUAUCGUCAGCUGUUUCUGGGGUUCGUGGAUAUGGCCAUUGUGAAUGGUUUUAUUGUCCACAAGCUGGUGAUGAAGAAGAGCGGACACCAAGUGCCCACACACGCAGAGUACAUGCGUAGACUUCAUCGCGAGCUGAUGGGAGUGAGUUCAGCGAGCUUCGAGUGUAACAUGAAUGCUGAGGAGCUAGUAUCAGUGCCGAUACCCGCAGGGAAACACCGUCUCCGCAACAACAGCAACAAGUACAGACGGAAGCGCCGGCAGCAUUCCUGUAAGGUGUGCUCUGCCAUGGCAGAGCCAAACACAAAGAGCUUUGAGAGCAGCUUCUACUGCCCGUCUUGCGAGGCGCGGUACGGUAGUAGCGGUUUGAAUGGUAGUAAUUAA